GCACCGAUGAGAGAUCCAGUUUUCACAGGGACUGCAAUGGCUUAUCAUCCUUUUCACGCGCACCGGACGUCCGACUUCCCCAUGUCUGCCUUUUUAGCGGCCGCUCAGCCUUCCUUCUUCCCGGCGCUAACCCUUCCCCCUGGACCACUCACCAAGUCGAUCCCAGAACACAGUUUAGCUGGGGCGGAAACGGGACUUCACCCAGUGAUCAGCCACCACCAGGCGGCUCAACUCCGCAGCAUCAAAAGCCUGGAGCCCGAAGAGGAAGUAGAUGAUGAUCCCAAAGUUACGCUGGAAGCCAAAGAUCUUUGGGACCAGUUUCAUAAACUCGGCACAGAAAUGGUUAUUACCAAGUCCGGAAGGAGGAUGUUUCCACCGUUCAAAGUACGAAUAAAUGGACUUGAUAAAAAAGCUAAAUAUAUUUUGCUAAUGGACAUCGUGGCAGCGGAUGAUUGCCGCUACAAGUUCCACAACUCCCGCUGGAUGGUCGCGGGCAAGGCCGAUCCCGAGAUGCCCAAGAGAAUGUACAUCCACCCUGACAGUCCAGCCACUGGCGAGCAGUGGAUGGCAAAGCCUGUUGCAUUCCAUAAACUCAAGCUUACCAAUAACAUAUCAGAUAAACACGGAUUUACCAUUCUUAAUUCAAUGCACAAGUACCAGCCCAGGUUCCACAUCGUCCGGGCCAACGACAUAUUGAAGCUCCCUUAUAGCACAUUUAGGACCUAUGUCUUUCCGGAGACUGAGUUUGUGGCUGUGACAGCUUAUCAGAACGACAAGAUAACACAACUUAAGAUUGACAAUAAUCCAUUUGCAAAAGGGUUUAGAGACACUGGGAACGGAAGAAGGGAGAAAAGGAAGCAACUAACUAUGCCAUCGCUGCGAAUGUUUGAGGACCAGGGCAGGGAUGGCGUGGACUCAGAAGCUUCGAGUGAAACUCCGACUGCUCGAGACGCCGUUCACUCCCCGCUGGGAGCCGAUACAAGUCCGCUGGAGUUCAACAGGGCGAGUCUAGAUGAGAAAACAUGCACUGACAGUGAGCAGGAGUUUGACAAUCACGGUGAGCGCUGCACAAGCUCCAACAGCCUGGGGACUGAACCCAUGUCCCCCUAUAGCUCUCGGUUUGAGGAGAGGAGUAGGGAAAGACCUGAUAUGGAGAAGAAGGAUGACUCCACUUUCAGUAUCAGGAGCCAGGAUAAGGAUAAAGCAGGAAACAGGAAUCGGAAGGACACUGCAAAAAUGUUGAUGAAGGACCCUGAAGCCGGGAGCAUCAGUGCUGUCAAGGACACCUUCUCCCCACUAAUGGUCCAAACAGAAAGCCCUUCACACUUCAACCCAAGUCAUUUACAAAGCCUGGCACUGUCUGGUCUACACAGCCAGCAGUUCUUUAACCCUCUAAACAACGGAUCGCCACUUUUAUUUCAUCCAGGGCAGUUUGCCAUGACCCCUGGAGCCCUUUCUGCUAUGGGAAUGGGGCAUUUAUUGGCCUCUGUAUCUGGAGCGAGUGCUUUGGAAAAUAGCAACCUCUCUCCACACGGAACAGGAGGAUCCCCCAAUGCAUUCCCCUUCCAUUUCUCCCAGCAUAUGCUUGCUUCUCAGGGCAUACCCAUGCCUCAGUUUGGGGGGCUUUUUCCUUAUCCCUACACCUACAUGGCAGCAGCUGCAGCGGCAGCCUCAGCGCUCCCGGCAAGCAGCACGUCCAGCCCGCUCUGCAGAAACCCUUUCCUUGCCACAUCUCGACCACGGCUUCGCUUCAACCCCUACCAACUCCCGAUAUCUAUGUCUCAGAGCUCUAGCCUGCUCACGACCAACCUGCAAUGUAGCCUUAACUCAGGCUCGGAAUCAUCCAAAGCAUGCAGUAGGGAGACCAGUCCAGCCCUAGAACAUCACAGCUACAACAAGAAUGAAGGAUCCUGCGAAAGCGACACAUCCCCUAAAACAAAAGACUCUCCGAAUGAACUACAGAAUAUUCAGAGACUCGUGAGUGGCCUGGAGGGCCAGAGGGCACCGUCCCCAUCAGAAGAUUCGACGAAGUGA